ACGGCCAGAGAUUAUGCCAUUCGAGUCCGGAGCCACGCGGCCACCACGGCCUCGCAUUCUCUCUAUUCGGGUGACAGCUUCAGGAACCUGGCAGACUUCCUCUGGCAGCCUUACAUUCAGCGAGCACCGCAGCUGCCUCUCACGCAUAGCCGGCCAUCCUCGCGCUUUGCCGUCCUCUACCACGUGUCGAGCCAAAAGGUUGUCAACAUCCCGUUUGGCACUGUUCGGGAGUUUGAGGCCCUCGGGGACUCGGCGCUCCCCGGCGCAGGCAGCUUUGCCUUGCUGCUGCUGCAGGGGUACCCUUCUCCUGAGUGGCUCAACACGCUCGGAGCAAGGUUCGGCAUCGACCCCGAGUUCUUCCAGCGCCAUCUCCUCUUCUCCUCGGCGUCCGUGAAGGGCAGCGUAGGCGGGUGCAUCCGAAAGCGGACGGCCACGCACAUCUUACCCUCAUGCCACGGAGACAUGGUGUCCCUGCAGAUUACCAAGAUUGCCUCGCGCCAGAGCGUCUCGCCGAGACACACCGAUCUCGACCAGGAGGGUCUGGACCAACUCAGGCGGCAGACCUCGGAGGAGAUGACGGCGUACAUGAGCAAACUGGCGAGCCUCAAUUCUCCGGGAGUCGCGGCGGCCGAUUCGAUCAUCCGGGAAUUCUCGGUCCACGGCCUGGACUACUUCUCAUUGGAACAGACCAUCUCGAUCGGCUUCCACGCAUGCGGCCAAGGAUGGCUAGGCAUCAUCUGGCACGACGCAGGCAGCCCGCUGGACCAGGGCCUCCGAGGUCCGUGGCAGACGAGAGCGAUCCGCUCCAACUCAUUCGACGUUACGUAUCUGCCGACUCCCGUACACACGCCAGGGGUGGCGCUCAGGAGCAAGAGGAGAAAAGCAGGCACUAGGGCCCAUGCCGACAACGACAGCCCUCAUGGCGGCCUGCAUGCCGGCACGAGUAACCGUGCACCUCCAGGAAACGAGACGACGAUGGAGCGCAUCUUGGAUGACUAUGCGCACCUCGUGGACUUGGACCGGGCUGUGAACGAUCCGUUCUACGCGCUGAGCCCUCUGUUCAGCUUUGCCGUCUUUUCCGAGAUGGAGAUACUCGAUCUCAUCGCCGCCAAGGUGCGCGACGAACUCGAUCACUCCCGCUUAACCGGGGACGGGGCAGCCACUACCAGCCCGACGCUCUCAAACCUUUUAUACAACCAGCAGAUCCUCCAGCGGCAUAUUCGCAACCUCCAGUCGCCCAUCAGCUACAUGGAAGCCCUUUGUUCCUCAGACGGGAACACGUCCGCCUCGCACGCAGCACCGCGCAGCGUCAAAAGCGACACCGUCAAGGCCAUGCUGGCCGACUACCGCUUCGCGCUCGCCUACGCCGAGGCCCUGGCGGCGGACUGCGUCCAGGGCAUGAGCAUCAUGGCGCACCACGCGGCGAUCCGCGAGUCGCAAAAGGCCAUCGCCGAGGCGCGCGGCGUGACGCGGCUGACGCGGCUGGCGACGCUCUUUGUGCCGCUGGGGCUCGUCACGUCCGUCUUCAGCAUGAACGUGCGCGAGAUCAACGCCGGGGACGGCCCGCCUCUGUGGGUCUGGGCGGUUGUCUCGCUGGUUGUGGGUGCGAUGAGCUGGGUUUGGGUGAGCCAUGAUUCUUCGGCGGCGGUGAGGCGGUGGUGGUGGAGGUGGCGCAAUAGUCCUGGUGAUGGUCUUAGGGGCAGGCUAGCGAUGACAGGGCAAUCACUCUAG